GCUCACAGACACUGUUCCAUUGAUUGGACUGCUGAGGAAUACCGGGUAAGCAAUGGAUGUCAAAGGAGGUUGAACCUGGGGCAUCCCAUACCUGAGAGACUAGGAAGAAGAAAGUGAACAUAAUUAUUAGUCAUUCAUGUAACAUACAUAUUUACUGAGUUUUAUAUGCUAGUCACCAACCCUGGUGACAUGGUGGUUAAGAGCUAUGGCUGCUAACCAAAAGGUGGGCAGUUGGAAUUCACCAAGCACUCCUUAGAAACACUAUGGGGCAAUUCCACUCUGUCUUAUAGGGUCACUAUGAGUUGGAAUCGACUCGGUGGCAAUGGGUUUGGUUUGGGUUUAUAUGUUAGUCACUAGGGAUAAAUCAGGAAAGAAAAAUUGUCACCAAUCUUAUAUAGCUUAUAUUCUUACCAUUUAACAUCUUACAACUAGUGUUAAUAAUGAUGAUGAUGUUGGUGGUGGUUGGAAUUACGAUAAUCCAUUGUAAGACUGAGGUGAACAAAUCCUUAAAUUCCAUUUAUCGUUAUUAGUAACUCUAACCAUGAUUGCCAACAGCCUAAUCUAAUGAAAUCCAUUUAGAAACACUGGUUUAUAGCUAAAAACUACAAGAGAAGGAAGCAAGAACUAGCAUCAGACAACUAAAUCUGAAGGAAGAUUCAGUUAGGAAAAUUGGUCAGGGGACAUAAAAUUUGAGGGCCAGAUAUCUCAGUGGUAGAAGACCCUUAACACGAUAAGAUCUUUAUUCUACUGUUAGAAAAAAGUUUCCAAGAUUUGACAAUUAAGCAGUGAAAAUGCAGCAGCUCCUCUGAGCUCUUCAGUGCUCAUUUACUUCACAUUUCUGCCCCUCUCCAUCAGUGGAUCCAAUAUCUUCAAUAUUAGCUUCUUUAAUGCCCACCUUCAUGGUUUUUUUUGCAGCAAAAGCUCCUCAAACAAAUGAGGGCUGUAUGGGAAAAGACACAAGGAAAUCAGAGAAAUCUUAACAGAGAAACCAGCAAAAUCAGAACUUGGGAGGUAAGUAAGGGACUCUUUCCCUCAGAAACAUCUUAGGACACAUUGUAUUUAUACAGUAAAAAAUUGAGCUAAAAUCAUAAUAUCUGUUGGCUUCUAAGAGGUUAGAAACAGAGGCAGGUACCUAUCUGGUAGAGAGAAUGAAAUUGAACAUGUCUCAAACUAAAGGUAUUUUCCUGCCCCAAACUUGCCUUUCCUUCUCUAUUGUAAAGGCCCUGAGUUCUGAUGUGAAAUUUGAAUGUGACUUAUUUAUGAGAAAUAUAGUAACAUAAGCAUGCCGGGUGAAUGGAAUUGGACGUGGAAUGAACCAGACUCAAGGAGACAGAAAAAAAGGAGACAGACUGCUUGCUUAUUGGGGAGCCUUAAGUUUAAUAUGACAGGAGUGUAUAAAGAGAGAGGAUCAAUCGAGUCCCAUAUUAAGAGACAAAGAUAAGUUCAUGCCAUAUACUGCAUGUUCACCUAGCAUAUACUAAUAAGUUCAAGUAUAUUCUGAGUACAAAUGAAAGCCUCUGAAGGAUUUUAAAUAAACAAAUAUGAUCAUGAUUAUUUUUUGUAAAGUUCAUUCAGUCUGCAGUUUAGAGAGACAGGGUUGGAAAAUUUCAAAAUGUAAGCCAAGAAAGCAAGUAGAAGUAGUUGCAAGAAUCCUUAUAGAAAAGAUCAGAAAUAAAUUGAUCACCAACAAUGGGAAGUGAAAGGAUUCAAGAGAGAUUCUUGAUAGGGAAUACCAGAAAAUAGAGAUUUGUUUGAGGUACAAUGUUAAAAGGGUAAAAUCAAGAAUGAGAGACGUAUUUGGCUUUGAAACUGAGGCAACCUGAGGUUAGUAAUGGAGGAGGUGAAGUUGGGUUGGAUUUGGUGGGAUAAUAAAUUUAGGUUGAGACGUGUUAGCUUUUAAGAUUUUGUGAGCUAUCCAAGUUGAAAUAUGUAGUAAGCAAUUGGAUGAGAAUGACUGAGUCUGGACCGGGAUAUUUCACUAUCAUCAGCAUAUUCUAGGUUUUGGAGUAGAUGAGAGCACACGAUGAGAAUUUUUAGAGAGAAAAAAAUUUUCAGGUGGAAGAAAAAAAAUAACUUGAGGACUCCCUGUGCUGAUGUGUCCGGCUAGGAAAGGGGCACUGGUAAAAGUGGACUGAUAGAGGAAAACCACCAAAGGAUUUGUUCGAAGACUAGUUACAUGGGUUUUAUACAAGGAAGGGUUGGUAAACUGUAAGGAAAGCCUUAGUAAUAUGGAAAUAAAUGUUUGGAUUCAACAAAGGAGGAUCUUGAUGAGAUGAAAAGUCUGGUUUCAGUAAAGUGUUGGGAAUGGAAGAGAGAUUUCAUUGAACUGAUGAAAGAUCCAGAGUUUCACAAAUAAGCACAGUAAAUAUACACAUGUGGUCAAUAUUAGACGUUUUGAUUUGUUUCAAGACAAUCGGCGUAAAUAAAGCAUAUUUGAAAAGUUGAGAGGAAAGUAAGGAAACAAACUGAACAUAAGACGGAGGGAAUGAAUACUGAAAGGGGGUUGUCUGUUGAACAAUGCCUCUAAGGACCCUAUGGAAGUUGGCUAAGUGGCAUGCGUGACCUUGGAUAAAAAGAGCAAAUUGAACACAUAGAGAUAGACAAGGUUCUGGGUAGUAUGCAAUUUGUGGACCUGGUGGUAAAAUUUUUAGAAAGGUUACAUCUUAUCCUAUGAUAUAAUAUUGGCUAUUCUUGAAAGUGAAGAGUUACUCUACAGAGUAUGUGAGGAUAAAGGAGACUAGAAACUCUUAGUAGUAAGUAGGUUUUAGUAUGUUACAUGUUUAGGAGCCCUGGUGGCACAAUGGUUAAACUCUGACGUGCUAACCAACAGGAUGAAGGUUUGCACUCACCAGCUGCUCCACUGGAAAAAGAUGUGGCAAUUUGCUUCUGUAAAGAUCACAGCCUUGAAAGUACUAUGGGCAGUUCUACUCUGCCUCAUAGGGUCUCAGUGAGUCAGAAUAGACUCAAUGGCACACAGUAACAACAGUAUAUUAUAUAAGACAAUUAAGCAUAAAACCAAAAAUUCCUUUUUUAAAAGAAAAUGUGGACAUUUGAGGGAAGUGGUUGGAGAUAUUACUAUUGUUGAAAUUAAAGAAAUAAUUAAGUGGAAGAAAAGAAAAAAAGCAAAAGAAACCCCCAAAUUUUUGGUUUAAUAAACAUAGCAAAUUGACAGAAGACAAAACUGUAGUUUAGAAGACAUGGACGAAGACAACCUAGUAAAUAUUCCAUGUAUUCACUACCAAUUCAGGGUUAUGUGAAUCUACGCAGGAAGAUGAUCCAUGCUGAAUAUCGAAAAGUGCAUUUAUUGCUCUAUGAAGAAGAGCAAAAAUAUUUAGAGAGGCUAGAAAAGGAAAGCAAAGAGAUUUUUCAACAACUCCAGGAAAGUGAAAACACUAUGGCCCUGAAGGGGAAACUCCUAAGGGGAAUGUAUGAGGAGCUGAAGGAAAUGUGCCAUAAACCAGACAUGGAACUGCUCCAGCAUUUCACAGACCUGAUGAAAAGGAGUGAGCUGGUGCAGCUGCACGUGCCCCAGCCACUGAACCCAGACAUCAGUUUGUGGCCCAUCACUGGAUUGAUAAACAGGCUCACUCGUUUCCAAGUGUAUAUUUCGUUGGACCAUGAAAUAGUCACUUGCCAUGUUCCCGUGUUUGAAGAUCUGAGACGUGUGCUCUUUAGUGGUGAUCAUCUUGAUGUGGACCACAAUUCAACAAGAUCUAAUAGUUUUCUUGCCUGGGGAGCCCAGACCUUUAUAUCCGGCAAAUAUUACUGGGAGGUGGAUGUGGGGCACUGUUGGAACUGGGUUAUUGGACUUUGUAAUGAUUCUUGGACAAUGAGGAAUGACAUGCUGCUUAGCUCCAAGGGAAUUUUUCUACUUUUUUGUGUCAAAGAGAACAAUCAGUACAGUCUCUUUACCUCAUCCCCACUCUUACCUCAGUAUGUAGAAAGACCUCUAGGCCACGUAGGGGUGUUUCUGGAUUAUGAACUCGGUGUAGUGAGCUUUGUUAAUGUGAAUAAUGGUACCCUCAUUUGUAGUUUGCUUUCAUGUUCCUUCUCUUCCCCUCUCAGGCCUUUCCUUUGCUGUGGACCCCUAGGAUCACGGACAGUUUAGAAACUUGCCCAUGUCUGAGAAUGCUAAUACCUGAGACCCUUUCCUGGUGCCGACUUGCUUAUCUUUAACCUCAUUUACAUUUAUUAUUAGACUACUGGUUGUAUUAUUCUUAAAAGUGUGAUAAUGUUAAGUGCAGGAAUUUGAUUUGAUUUUCUUUAAAUAAAAACAAUUCUCCUGAAAUACUGUGCAAUCUUUAUGCUGUGUCUAUCAUUUGAUUUCUAAGCCAGCUGAACGUAAAAGAAUACCUGGCUGUUUGAUCCAUUUUUUUAAUGGGUUAAUGCAAGAGCACAGAGCUUUCUUAGUACUGACAUUGUCACAGUUAUCUUAAACCACAUAAUUACUAGAAUAAACAGUAAAACUUACUCUUUGCUUUGAAAAAUACAGAAUAUUCAACAGCCAAGGUCCAUUUUAAUUAGGUACAAAAAUCCCAACCCAAUUGCAGUUUUGACUCUUUCUCAUCCCAUAAAAAAGUGACUACCUGACACCCUCUCUCCUCCCACUUCUCUCAAUGAG